CUUCCACACCUCGCUGGAUUUCUCCUGGUGAAAGGAGACGGAACAGUUGGGUGGAGUCUUGCAGGAGCGGGGAGUGAGGUUUUGAGUAGGUCGCAAGGAGUGGGGCCUCACUCGCCCGUGCAACGAAGUUCUCCUGUGAAGACAAUCCCAGUCUUCUGUCAGCUGUGCGAAGUUAUGUUGGGUUUACGUUCGUUGAAUCUUAUAGCGGAACGUGCGUUUGAAACAGUGCAGUUUUGACGUAGAAUACUAUAAUGCGAGUUAAUGUUGUUAUAACAAUACACUCUAUUGUUCUCCUAAUGAUGAAGAUCGGAGAUGUUAUCAUUUUAAAUCAGUGUGAAUGUAGUUCUUAGUUUGGUCGACUAGUCUGUUGACUAAAAUGGCAUUGUUGGAGUCUUGCUUUUGCUGCAGCCUUCUGGUAGCGUCCGCCACGGCAGGUGUUUAUGCUCUGGUAGCAUAUAUUGUUGCAUUUACUAUUGAACUAUGGUGGAUCUUAGAAGCGGAAGUGACUCUUCCAGCACCUGCUUAUCUCCUCUGUGCUGGGUAUUUCAUUACUUUUGUUGUAUCAGCAUUAUUACUCCAUGGUAUAACAGUGAAACGAACAUUAUUCCUUCUUAGUUGGUUAUUUACUGUUAUCAUUUUAUCCUUCCCAGAAGCUGGCCUUGUACUUUUCAUGAGUUUACACUAUUGGAAAGUUAAAUCUCUUUAUGGACUUACAGAGCUAAUAUACUGGUCAUGCAGAGUAAUAUGCAAUAUUGCAGGCCUUAUUUGUGUACAGUCCUUAUAUUCAACGUGGAGAGAAGAAAAGUUAGUAUUAAGAAGACUUCAGGAUUUGAACAUGUCCAAUAUUAAUCGAAACAUGCCUAGUAAUGGACACUUGAAAAACGGAAGCUCUACACCAGGAUAUCAGAAUGGAGGAUUUGUUGCCUCAACAGGACGACUUAAUAUGUUAUCAUCUAGUGUUCCCACAAUCAGCCGAUUGCAAAGAUCGGCUUCUUCAGUUUCACAUCUUCACCUCCAAUCACCAUUGCGUUUUGGUGGAUCACUUCCAAAUAAUAAUGUGUCAACCCACAUGAUACCCCUGACUCCUCUCAAUAAUCUGCAAUAUGCAUUCUUUGGAGCACCGGACAGUGCAACAACUGGUAGCGAAUUCAAUGCAUCAACAUUUGAUGGCUACUUUGCAGCUUCAGUGAGCUCAAACAUUCUGGAGAGUGAAAAAAUGUUUCAUCCUCAAAUGAAUUUGCACAGAAAUCACUUAAAUACAUCAAUGAACAGAACUCAGUCACUGAUGGAUCUGAGAGACAAUGUGAAAUCAGAAAAUUUUUGGUUUUCUCCAAUUCCUCUCCAUCCUUUGUCUGUGGAUUACAUGCGUUCAAGUACUGAAAAUGUUACCCAAAGUUUAGAUAGAAGAGUUCUAAGACACUCGGGAAAAUUGCGCAAAGCUAGUUCACUUAGUGAACUGAACAAUAUUGCUAGAUCUAUCAAUGUAUCUACACUGCAUGACGAAAUGAAUGAACUUAAUAUGCAAAGGUUUAUUCUACAAUCACCUUAUGGAUACCAAUUGUACAGAAGACCUAGACCUAUUGUCCAAACUUCUGGAAGUAAACGAUCAUUAGCAGAAUCUGAUGAUAUGCAAAAAAUAAGAGAUGUAGCCUUAUGAAUGUCUUAUUCAUUAUAUAUUUGAUGUACCAUUACAGCAACAAUGACCAAAGCAUGAGUGAAGUUAGUCCUACAAAUAAUAAAAUACAUUAAUAUAUAUUUUUGAUUGUAUUCAGGAAUUAAAACCAAAGUUACCAUGAAGCGUUGUUAUGAAAAGGGUAUGUUACUACUGAAAUGUGUGCCAAAUAUCAGAUCAAUGAUUUUAGAAAGAAAUUGAUAUUUGAGAGAGAUAUAUAUAUUUUCUUAAAUCUAACGUUUAAACCUCUUAACAGUACUGGAGUGAGAAAAGGUGAAGAAUGUUUGUAUUUUCAUAUUUAUAUUAAAAAAUAUUCUGUUCAUGUUAUUUGUGGUAACCACUGUUAACCAAAAUAAAAAUAUAAAUUAUGC